GUCUUCGUGUCACGUGACCAGGUGGAAGACCAGUCAUAAAUAACAACAACACAUCGACACUCAGUGUCUUACGUUCCGAACAGCGGCAAGCAAUCAUAAUGGUAAGUGGCAUCUUUCAUUGGUUUAUAACUUACUUCCCUUGCGAGAUCCCAUCCUUUACAUAAAAGCUUACAACAGACAGUGGUUUCCCAAAAACAAAACAAUGGUAAAGACACUUUUUUGUUUUUCAACUUGCCAAGCUAUAAUAUCUAUACAUUUAGAUAAACAUAUCUCUGUACAGUGGACUAAUUGUUUAACAGAACUUUGCCAUCACCGUGUUUUGACGCAGUUUAAUACAUGAUUAUUACCCUGUGCUGUGAUUUUUUUAUAUUUUUUUUUAAAUAUAUUUCCAGAAAUGUUACCAUUCUUUUUCAAUUAAAAAUUGAUCUUUUAAUGAAAACUUAGAUGUUUGGCCCUUCCCAGAAAAAGACUGUGUCAAAAAAAUAAUAAUAAUAAUAAAAUAACGCCUGCAAUUUCUGGAGGGGAAGUGGGAAACACCCCACAACUAAAAUUCAACUCUCAAACAUUUUGCAACCACCGACCCAUUUUCCGGCUUUCCUAGCCAUUAAGCAAAUUAAUAGCUUUUACGACCGUUACACAAGGGAGCUAACACAAGAAAUGUCAAAGAGAGACAUACGAUUGAUCUUUUCCUUUAACUACAAAUGAAUCUUUUUUUUUAUCUUUUUUUUUUAAAUUUACUUAAUUCGGUAAUGCACUGAUACAGAAGAUCAGACGAUAGAUACCACAGCUUUGAAGCGGAGCAAUGAUGAAGGCGAAGUUCUAGUUGCUACAUUUAUUUAAUUUGAAGGGACUAGCUCCUUCGCCGCUAACAUAUUCUCACAACUUUGGUCGGGCUUGUUGAAGCGAUGUAGUGGAGGCCUCUGUAACGCUAUUCGGAUAUGACGCGGUCGGAACUUGACACCCCUCCCCCCCCCCCCCCCACCCCCCCCCCCCCAAAAAAAAAAAACUUCUUAUGUUCUUAUGUAUUUAUUCGCACACGGAUUUAUGCGUACACGGAUUUAUUCGCAAAUGGAUUAAUUUGCAAAUGGAUUAAUUCUCAUAUGGAUUAUUUCUCAUAUGCACUUAUUCGAACUUGGAUUUAUUCGCACAAGGAUUUAUUUAGUUUUAAGUACGUACACGAAACGAGUAUAAGACGUAUUUAUUUUUCCAACAACAACAACAUCACAAAUUCACUUCAUUUAGUCCAACUCCAGCACUUCGUGUAGCUCACUAACUACUCAUGAUUUUUUUUUUUUUAACACGUCUGUAAACAAUUUCACCCAGUCUUCUUACUUUUAAAAAUAUCAGUGCUAUUCGCGUGAAAUGUUGAACAACGCCUUUAUAAUGCGACCCCGCCAUUAACACGAUCCGAUGUAAGGACCUCAAUUAUCGCGUUAUAACGGGGUACAAGUUUUUGCCAUGUCCGGAUUCAAGGGUAACCCGUUCAGCAAUCUGGAGUCCAUUAUCUUGCUUGGGUAAAAAUAUGGACAAGCACACCAGGACCAUGUUCGACCAAUUACGAUGCUGGGAAGUGACACAAAUAUGGAAGUAAAUGGAUCGAUCAUAAAUUCGAUUAUCUUGAGUUCAUUGAAAAUGUAUUUUCUUGUCAUUGAAGUUAGUCGAUAUUUCUGAUAAAGCUUGUUUUACGUCUUUGGGGUUGGCGUUUAGAAAACGACUUAUUUUGUUGUUUCUUGAAAACCCUUUAUUAGUAACUUCGCUUUUGUUUGUGUCUGGCUGGCUGGCUGGCAAAGUGACCCACUUCCCAUCAACUAUUCGAGCUGGAAAACCAGGCACAUAGACUCUUUGCCGAUGAGAACAUUUUUUUUUUUUUAAAUUGUCAGCCCCACCCCAAACCCCGACUCCCCCCAAAAAAUCAGUUUUUUCCUGUUUUUCAAUGGGAAGAGGAAAGAAAUUUUUUUACAAUGAUUUCACGAGAUAAAACUCCCAAUAACUUCGCUAAAUGAGAUUCUUUAAAAAAAAAAAAAAAAAAAAAAAAAAUAAAAACUUCCUAAAAAAAAAUUUUUAAAAAAAAAAAAAAAAAAAAAAAAAAUAUCGGAAUAUUUUCUUCUGUCUUCCAGAUAUAGUAGGUGAAAUAAGUAUCGAUAUAAACGCGGUUGUGUCAUUACAAUAUUAAAAGGUCAAGAAAUUUAAACGUCAUUGGCUAACCCAAUAGGCUGUUAGAAGCUGUUUUUUUUUUUUUAAACUUUAAAUAGGAGGCUGCUCAAACUGUGACUUUUGUUGCAAUGGUUGACGUUUUAAAUUUCAGGCUGAAGGACUAAGUGAUGAUCAAGUAAAGGGUAAGUUAACAUAUCACUGGCAGGUAAAUGCAAGUUAACAUAUCUCUUACACGAUAAAUAGUAAGUUAACACAUCACUUAGGGAAAAUAGUAAGUUUAAAUAUCACAGAAAAGAUGUGGGAGCCAAAAUGAUCGAUAAAUUGAGCGUGGGUCUUUAAUAUAUAGAAGAAGAAGAAGUAAAGCAUACAACAUGGGUCAUUAACAAUAUCAUUCAGCUCCCAGUCGAGGAAAGACCAUAACUCCCAGUCGAGGAAAGACCAUAACUCCCAGUCGAGCACAGACCAUAACUCCCAGUCGAGCACAGACCAUAACUCCCAGUCGAACACAGACCAUAACUCCCAGUCGAGCACAGACCAUAACUCCCAGUCGAGCACAGACCAUAACUCCCAGUCGAACACAGACCAUAACUCCCAGUCGAACACAGGCCAUAACUCCCAGUCGACCACAGACCAUAACUCCCAGUCGAACACAGACCAUAACUCCCAGUCGAGCACAGACCAUAACUCCCAGUCGAGCAUAGACCAUUAACAACAUCUUUCCACGCUCUCCGGUAUCUUGUCAUCUUCUCUAAUCCUUUUCAACCCUUCCAAUCUUGUCAAGUACGUCGUUUUCUACAUCUCUACGACAUGUGUUGUUUGUUGUUGUUUUUUUUUUUUGUUUUUUUUUUUUUUUUGGGGGGGGGGGGGGGGUUUUUUUUUUUUUUUUUUUUUUUUUUUUUUUUUUUUGGGGGGGGGGGGGGAGGGUUCUUUCCUAUUUUCUUGAUACUUGAUUGUUCCAUACGAGUUCAUGCCUUGUUAAAUUUGGCACGAGCCUCCUCAUCAUAUGAACUAUGCAUCUCGAACCUUCUUUUCCGAACUUCCUGCUCCACUGGGAUGCGCACAAAGUUAACUUAUCCAAAAGCGCGCGAUUACUGAUUCCUCCAUUUAGGCCACUACCCCAUUUUGUUUGCAUAGGAAGCGCGUUUGAAAACAUAACAAUGGUUGGUCAACUUUCUGGCAGAGUUGAGGGAAGCUUUCAAUCUCUUCGACAAAGAUGGCGACGGCUUCAUCACAACCAGCGAGCUGGGCGUGGUCAUGACGUCACUCAACCAGAAUCCCUCGCAGUCAGAGCUGCAAGACAUGAUCAAUGAGGUGGACGCAGACGGUAAGUGACGUCACUAGCAACGUAUCGACUUCUUUCGAGAGGAGGCAAAGCAGACAUUGGUGGGUGCCAAGUAGACAUUGGUGAGUGCCAAGUAGACAUUGGUGAGUGCCAAUUAGACAUUGGUAAGUGCCAAGUAGACGUUGGUGAGUGUCAAGUAGACAUUGGUGAGUGCCAAGUAGACAUUGGGGAGUACCAAUUGACAUUGGUGAGUGCCACGUAGACAUUGGUGAGUGCCAAGUAGACCUUGGUGCGUGCCAAGUAGACCUUGGUGGGUGCCAAGUAGACCUUGGUGCGUGCCAAGUGGACCUUGGUGGGUGCCAAGAAGACAUUGAUGCGUGCCAAGUAGACAUUGGUGCGUGUCAAGUAGACAUUUGUGAGUGCCAAGUAGACAUUUGUGAGUUCCAAGUGGACAUUGGUGCGUGCCAAGUAGACAUUGGUGCAUGCCAAGUAGACAUUGGUGCGUGUCAAGUAGACAUUCGUGCGUGCCAAGUAGACAUUAAUGAGUGCCAAGUCUUCAAGGAUGCCUCGAAUUUGGAGCCAUCAUCAAACUAUAAAAGUUUAUGUGUGGUACUACGUUGUAGAGUCCUGGUGAUUAAUCCAGUUUGGUUCCUUGUUUUAGGGAGUGGCACCAUCGACUUCAACGAAUUCCUACGGAUGAUGUCAAGAAAAAUGAAAGAAACAGACACGGAAGAGGAGCUGAGACAGGCCUUCCGGUAAGAGUUUUCCCCCCAUUUACACUAGUACAGUGGCCGGCAAACUCAUUGUUCUAAGAGCCAAAAAAUCAACACUAGGACGAUUAAAAAAAUUUGAGAGCCAAAUUUCUUUUCAAGAACCUGUCAAGAGCCACGUUUUCGGAGUCGAAAGCGAUUUGUGGCCGACUGGCUGAGCUGCACUCAGGUCGCUAAAGAGCCGCGAGCCACGAUUUUCCGACCACUGUUUUAGCGUAUUUAUUUUUUUAAGGUCCAAAUCUUUCCUUCAGUGUUGCUUACCCUAUUUUACAUUCAGGGGUCCCUACCACAUCUUCAAGGUCAGCGACUUGUGUCUUUUUUUUUUUUUUAUACAACAGCAACGCCGACCUUACAAGAUGCUCUGCUUAUUACCUGGACGGAUGUUAGUCAAGCCAUAGAAAGAAAGCUGGUUCUGUUUUCUUGUUAUCACCAGGGUCUUUGANUGUCGGAAGAGGAAGUGGAGGAAAUGAUACGGGAAGCUGAUGUCGACGGUGAUGGACAGGUCAACUAUGAAGGUCAGUGGUGCGUGACUGAAUGAAGGUCAGUGAAGUUUGACGGGGACAGGUCAACGCCGUGAAGGUCAGGGACGCUUUACCGGACCCGGACAUCCAUCAAUGUCAUUGACACUUUACUGGACAGGUCAACAGUAAGGUUAAGUGAAUAUUGCUUGGAAAGGUCUAUUAUUAGGUUAAGUAAUUUUUGACUGGAUAAUUUCAACGAAGAAGUAAGAAGUCGGAUCUAACUUGAUAACAAUUCCACAAAACUUUAUUGUUCAGUGGGGGAGGGUGUGUGUGUGGGGGGGGGGGGUUUUAAGCCCUAUUCAUGGGGACCCACUGGUUGUACAAUGUUUGAUUUUCCUUCUUGAUUGUAUGGAUAGUGUUGCUUAAGUUUGUUUAGUAGGCCCAUAUGUAUUUAUUAUGUUUACCUCAUAAUGACAGGGACAAUGUGGUAAUGAAGUUUGUUGUCAUUGAUAAAUUUCAUUAAUAUUUGAUUUCCCUGUAUAUAAAAAAAAAAAAAAGUCUCAACAGUUCGUGCCUCCAGGGAUGGAACACGCCUUGAAAUAAGCCGCGUUGACCUAGAUCAGCGGUUCUCAACCUGGGGGUCGCACGACCCUUUCCCAGGGGUCGCCUAAGACCAUCGGAAAACACAUAUACUCUACAGCCAAUGUUCCCUUUAAGUUGCUCGGUCACGCAGUGAUCUCACAGACGCCGCACAGCAGUUUUGAGUACCGCACUUAAGUGUGUGUUUUUUGUCUGUAGGCUGCAAAAAUUUGCGCACAAAAAAAUUGAUGCUGUAAAAAAAAUGUGCUCACAACUUUAUGAUUUUGCACACGAACCAACAAACCUUUGAAGGAACAUUGUCCACAGCUAUGAAGUGGCAACGACAGUAAUAUUUUGGUUGGGGGUCGCCACAACAUGAGGAAUAGCAAUUAAGGGUCACGACAUUAGGGAGGCUGAGAACCACUGACCUAGAUAUUCCAGGCAGAAUAUUCCGUGAUAAUGUUACGAAACCGGAGCACGUAUUUGGAUGUGUGUCGCCCUUCAAUUCCUCAAACAGAAUUAUUUCCCUUGAGACCCAUAACUAUAUUUAUGUUUUCCUCUUCUGUUUGAGAGUUCGUGUGUUAAAAUUGUUGUUGUUUUUUUUUGUUCCCCUUUUUUUUUUUUAAAGAUUCCACCGGGGGGGGGGGGGGGGGGGGGGGAUUCACAGGAAUGAAACGAGGCGUGGGAUGGAAACAGAGUCAGUAGCUUAUGGAGAUGUGUUUAUUUAGUCACCUUACAGAUCAUGAAUUUUUUUUAUAAAAAUGUUUAAGGAUACUAUUAUAAGCAAACUGUUGCAUUAUCAGCUCGCGGAUAUAAAAGGGAAAUAAUUUCAACAAUUAUGUCUGUUCAUUCCCACCCCCCUCCCCCGAAUAGUUUCCCUUUAUUUAUACCAACAGAAAUCUGCAAAAGAUUCAUACACCCUCACUACAGCUGCUCUAAGAGAGCUUCUAUUCUUUAAAUUUUCAGAAUUCGUCAAACUGAUGACGUCGAAGCAACAGCUGGAUGCUAGCAGCUAGGACACAUUCACCUUUGUUUCACAUCCAGGACAGCGAUUCGAUGGAACUGUCACUUAGUUUGAACUGUGACAUACAUGUGAACAUGUAUCUUUUUAACUUUAAAAGACACGCAUCUUAAAUUGAAAAUAAAUGCAAAUACACUGUAGCAUAAAUAAAUAUAAAGUUUAGCAACUGAAACAUGCAUGCCUAUACAAUGAAACAUAGGAAUACAUACAUAUAAACUGUAACAUGCAUUCAUUUUAACUGUAACAUAGUGUUACGCACCCUUGUGUGUCCUAAGAAUUUGUAACUUGAACAAACCAGUGGUCAGGGGGAAUUUGAAAGGGGCGUCAUUUGGGUAGGGCAGGAUGGGGCAUUUGCCAUGCAAUUUGUCUGGAAUGUGGACUGCUGAUAAAACCAGGUCAAUGUAAUACACCACAACCCUGUCACAAUACAUGCAUAUUAACUGUAACAAUACAUGCAUUUUAACUGUAACAAUACAUGCAUAUUAAUUGUAAUAAUACAUGCAUAUUAACUGUAACAAUACAUGCAUAUUAAUUGUAAUAAUACAUGCAUAUUAACUGUAACAAUACAUACAUAUUAACUUAACAAUACAUGAAUAUUAAUUGUAACAAUACAUGCAUAUUAAAUGUAACAAUACAGAGAUAUUAAGUUUAAAACAUACAUGCACACGAACUGUAACAAAAGUAAUAGACAUUUAACUUAGGGCCUACAUGCAUAUUAUAUGUUACAUAUAUACAUAUAAAUUGUAACACGCACACAUCUUAGCUGUCCCAUGUAUGCAUUUUAUCUUUUGGUGCAAUCUUAAAGUAUGAUAUUUGUUAAUGUGACUUUGUGACGACUCCAUUAUUAAGUUUCAAUAGGUGUGACAACGUUAUAGUUUGUUGCACUAUGUUCAAUUUGUUUAUGUUAAUAUUGUAUUUUCUAAAUGUCCUGCUGUUACUAUUACCGUGUGAUAAUAAUUUUAAACAUGAUUUUUAUAGUACAAACAACUUUACUAAAUAAAACUCGAUAUCAAGAA